UCCUCCAGCAGCGUACGAGUUGUUUAUAAGUUAAAAUUACAUCGCCAGUCCUCCAGCAGCGUACGAGUUGUUUAUAAGUUAAAAUUACAUCGCCAGUCCUCCAGCAGCGUACGAGUUGUUUAUAAGUUUAAAUUACAUCGCCAGUCCUCCAGCAGCGUACGAAUUGUUUAUAAGUUAAAAUUACAUCUUCAGUCCUGCAGCACUGGCUGUUUUUUAGAGGUAUUUGCAAGACAAGUAGAAGCUUUGGCGGUGAUAUCAGUACAACCACCAACUAGGUAACAAAAUACAAUAAAGUACCCCGUAUGUGUUCAUAUGGAAGAGCCACCGGCCAAGAAAAUAAGACCAUAUGUUACGAAGCGCGAACGUAGAAAAGCGGUUGAAAAAACCUUGGAUAUAAGUUACGAAGAACCUAAUUUAAAUGAUGCGACAGAAUUGUUUAUUACGGACGAAACUGUACUGGAAUACCAAGAUAGGUUGUUUAAAGCUUCAUUGCCAAGAAAAGUCACCAAAACUGCAACAGUGUCAAAAACGCCAGUGUGGUGCAUUCAAUGGUGUAAAAAUUCAGCCAUUUGAUUGCAGCCACUUGUGGAGAUUCGCUUAAACUGUUUGAUGUUAUGAAAAGUAAAGAAAUAACGAAUGUUCUUUCUAUUAGACACACAUCUCCAUUUCGUUAUUGCGAUUGGUCACGGACGAGUAGACAGCUCACAACAUGUUGUUUUGACGGGAGAGUUAAUGUGUAUGACUUUUUAAACUUUGGAAAAAUUAGUGACACAUUAAAAGUAGAUACGCAGCCUACUACCAUACGUUGGUGGGAAGGCGAAGAUAACAAAGUUCUUAUUGGGGGAAGCAAUUCAUUUCUGGCUUCAUAUGAUCUAAGGUCUGGAAAGGAAAUCGCCAAGUACAAAUUCAAAUGCGGAAAAAUUCUCGCACUAGAGUUUUUUACCGAUGAAAAAUCAUUUGUGGCAAGCAGUGAUGAAGUUAAUAGGCAAUCUGCUGAACAUAAUUUGAUUGUGUGGGACCUCAGGAUGGGCGCAAAAGUUUCAAAUCAAAUAUUCCAUGAGCGUUACACCUGUCCUUGCAUAAGAGCACACCCAAGUGGUGCUAAUUUCCUUGCCCAAACAACAGGAAAUUACAUCGCGAGAUUCAGCACACAGAAACCUUACCGCCUGGAUAAGUUUGUGCGUUACCAGAAUCACACUGUCAACGAAUUUCCGGUGUCUUUUGACAUAACUAAGGAUGGUAGUUUUGUAUAUUCUGGAAGCUCCAGUGAAUCUCUGGUUUGCUACAAACACAGCAAUGGUAAUUAUUUGCGGACAGUGCCAUUGCCGCCAACAAAUGAUGGCCAGGAUGCAGCAUGUGUAGACGUACGCUGUCACCCCGUACUACCAAGCAUGGUUGCAGUCAGUGACUGGCACGGAAGACUGCAUGUUGUGCAAUAGAUCCAACUCAAGGGUGGCCAUGAAAUUAAGAGAUAUUUCCAGGAUUACGAUUGUUGAGUUGGAGGCUCUUCUGGUGGUCCGAGUCUUUCGCUACCACUGUGAAUGUUCUGCCACUGGAAUGUGGAAAGGAUAAGUUCCAAGAGAAGGAUGGAAAAAAUUAUUUUAUUAUCGUGUUUUGCAAUAACUUGCCUUGCAGUCCCUGCCAACGUGCAUUUGUUAAUUAUUACAGAGUUUUAACAUUAC